AUGAAACAAACCAUGGCCCGACCCAACUCCCCUGACGCUACCCACAUUCCACCCGUGUUGAAACCGCUAGCUCCUUACAUCAAGUCGCGCCAGGAAACCCUUCAUAUCCGCCAGGCACUGACAUCUUAUCUGUGCUCGUUUAUUGAAUUCGACGAUCAGCCAAGCGAUCUUUCUCAAUCCCACCUCUCCCUGUGUGCGUCGACCGAUGCUGUUACCAAUGUUAAACGUAUCCCUACCGACCUCCCUGGGCUGAGAAAGGAUUAUCUGAAGGCAUUGGCGGCCAAUGUUGCAGCCCGCAAAGAGUUCACCUUAACUUCUGAGAAUAUCGCCUCGUUGAGGCGCCAGAGGACGUCCCCGAAUCGCACUUCUGACGAUGCUGAUCUGCAAGAGCCCGGCACCGAACUUCGUGAAUACCUUGCCCUCCUACGCGAUCGACGUCGCUAUACCAAACUGCAGGUGUUUCAGAAUUAUCUUGAAGAAAUUAAAACGCGGGAUGCGGGCAGCUUGGAGGACGUUAGGAACGAUGGGGAGCAUCUGCUGUUGCCGGAGGUAGAUGCAGAGACUGGGCGCAAUGGCACGGAAACAGACUUGGAUGAACUAGUGCAUAGCCUCGAGAGAGCAGUUGUCCGCGCACGAACUCAAUUAGAUCACCAAAAGCAAUUAUUUGAGAAAGCCAAGGCACAGCAUGACCCCCGAGCCGAGACUUCAGAUGCCAAAAUACAAGCGUUACAAAAGACACGGGAUGAGCUAGUACAAUGGGUGGAGGAACGGCUGGUUGGUCAAGGAGAUCCAGAUGAGAGUUUGCUCCAAGAACUUCCUCCGGAGGAAAUCGAGGAGGCCCAGCAAGGGCUAGAGAAUGGCAAGAUACAGAUUAUGGAGCAAUAUGCCGCAUAUGUGCGAGCCCGGCAAGAGCUCCUUGACGCCGCCUCCAGAGCUUGUCAGCCAAUUAAUGUGGCUCAGAAGCCUCCGUCACGACCAAUCAUCAAAAACGAACUUGUCAUAGCAGAAAUGCCACCACCCAACCCAAUCGACGUUCUGUCAUACACAAACGAAAACCUGAUUCCGCUAAUCAAGAGUCAAAAGUCGCUGGCUCUCCAAAAAUCCUAUUUAUCCGGCUUACUCUCGAAAGAAAAAUCCACGACCCUCCGUGCCCUCAAUCGUCUGAGCGACGAAUCCCACCUACUCCCUGAAUACCCCACACCCGCCCGCCAGCCGCGCUUUAAACAUACGGCUGCUACUCUCGACUUGCGAAACCAGAUCCAGACCUCCGAUCAGAUCCCAGAUGAGGUUGUUGGUCUUGCUGAAGCAUGGGCAUUUGCUUCUAAGGCUGCAGCUGCCAACGAACGAGACUUUGUUCAGCAAAAGAUCGCAUUGGGUACUGAGGUUGCGCAGGACGCCCGAAAGACCCUGGCUGAUGUAUAUAAGACCCUCAAUCAAGACCUUGAUGAAGUCAUGCUAGAGAGUCGAGAGAAUCGCUCCGCAAAGGGGGUGUCGAGAGGUGGGUCUCGCAUUGAAAAACAACCGAGUGGUCCUUGGUCAGGUCUGAAUGGGAGAGUGGGUGUUGUAGAAUAA